AUGGGUUAUUGUAUAGAAGAAGAAGAUAGGCAAGAAGAGAGAGCUCUCCCUCUCUCUCUCUGGGCUGCGUUAUUCCCGUCAAAGAAGAAGAAAGAAGAUGAGGACGCAGGCUGGAGCUUUGGCUUUGAUAAUUGGAUUAGAGUAGAAGCCGUUGGGUUUAGCGGGGGCAUAUGGCUGCUGUGGAGAAACAACAUUACAGUGGACAUCAUUGCUACUAAUUCGCAAUUUGUGCUAACCAAUAUCACCAAGGGUAAUGAAAGGGUGGGGUUGGUGUAUUUCGUGUAUGGUAGUCCAUCACACUACCUAAGGAACAAGCUUUGGGAUAGUCUGUCUAAUGACCAUCUCCCCCUAAAUGAUGAAUGGAUUACAGUGGGAGACUACAAUGCGGUAACAUGCAUGGAGGAUGUUAGCAACAAAGACAACUUCCAUAAUCAUAGAUGUCCAGGUAUGAGACAUUGGAUCUUUAAAGAAGGACUAAUUGACAUUGGCUUUGUUGGUGCUAGGUACACUUGGACGAGAGGAAGAGAAAGCUCUACUUUCACCGGAGCAAGACUUGAUCGCGCUUUAUGCAAUCUGGAGUGGAUGCUUAAACACCCGAACACCAAAGUGUCCCACUUACCAAGAGUAUGCUCGGAUCAUUCCCCUCUACUUAUCGAAAUUGGGGAACCAACCGCAGCACGGAAGAACUACAAUUUUCAAUUCCAAACAACUUGGAGCCGUCACCCAGAUUUUACGCGGCUGGUCAAGCAAGGCUGGAAUGGGGAUAAAGCGAUACUGGAAAACAUCUUGAACAUGCGGAUCAGCUGCAUGGAAUGGAGUAGAGAAACGUUUGGAAGCAUUGAAAAGAAAAAGCACACCCUACUGGCUCGAAUUGAGGGUAUUCAAAGGACCUUGGACACUAAACCGCACAAUGGGCUCAUAAAACUUGAGCGAAAAAUCCGGACAGAGCUUUGA